AUGAACCGCGACAUUCAAAAUGAGCGUACACUCGGCAACUCUCUUCUCAACAAGGUGAACUCCAGUCGUGUCUUGCUUGUUGGUGCUGGUGGCAUUGGCUGCGAACUACUCAAGAACCUCGUCAUGUCUGGUUUCAAAAACAUUGAAAUUGAUCUGGACACGAUCGAUAUCUCCAACUUGAAUCGUCAGUUUCUGUUCCAACGCCAACAUGUCAAGAAAGCAAAAGCACACGUUGCCAAAGAAUCAGCUCUACGUUUCAAUCCUUCAGUCAACAUUGUCUCGCAUCAAGCCAAUAUCAUGGAUCCAGAGUAUACUUUGUCAUGGUUUUCUUCCUUUGAUGUGGUCUUCAACGCCUUGGACAAUCUCGAAGCGCGACGCUACGUCAAUCAAAUGUGCCUGGUUGCUCGCGUACCACUGAUUGAGACGGGUACCACUGGUUACCUUGGUCAAGCUUAUGUGAUUGAAAAGGACAAAACUGAAUGCUUUGAUUGCCAACCCAAAGAGACCCCAAAAUCAUACCCCGUGUGCACCAUCCGCAGUACACCAAGUCAGCCAAUUCAUUGUAUCGUAUGGGCAAAGAGCUAUUUAUUCAAUCAACUCUUUGGCAAUGCAGAAGAGGAUGAACCACAAGAGUCUGACGAAGAGAAUAAGGAAGAGCUCGCCGCAUUGGCACGAGAAACGAAGGCUCUCAACGAGAUCAAGGCAUCCAUGGGCACCGAAGCUUAUCCACGAAAGGUGUUUGAAAAGGUGUUCACAACCGACAUCAAUCGAUUACUGAGUAUGGAGGACAUGUGGAAGAAUCGUGAUCGGAAACCAGUGCCUCUCGACUACGACACCCUUUCAUCGGCUGACAACGAGGAAGAGGAAAAGAAUGAGAACGACACAGGACUUGAGGACCAAAAGAUGUGGAAUCUGCACAAAUGUUUUGAAAUGUUCAAGGAUAGCCUUGGGCGACUCUCUAAGCGUGCCAUGGGAGGCAAUGUUCUUUCAUUCGACAAGGAUGAUGAUGAUGCUAUGGACUUUGUUACUGCUACUGCCAACUUACGAGCACACAUUUUCAAUAUCCCGCAAAAGUCACGGUUUCAAGUCAAAUCCAUGGCUGGUAACAUCAUCCCGGCCAUUGCCACGACCAAUGCCAUCAUUGCUGGUAUCGCCGUUAUGAAAUCCUUUGCCGUUUUUCGUGGUGAGAGCAGUACGACGAAACGAAUUUAUUUGCGAACAGUUACACGACAACCCAAACUUUUGUAUCCUGAAAAUCCAUCCUCGCCAAAUCCUCUUUGUGGAGUAUGCAGUGUCCCAAGUGCUCGGGUGAAUGUGGAUAUUGAUACAACUCGACUCGCCGACAUUGUGAAUACGCUUGUUGUGAAAAAGAUGGGCAUGGAUUUGGAAGACAUAUCAAUCAUGGACAAGAGCAGGUUGUUGUAUGACAUGGACUUGGAGGAAAAUUUGGAGCUACCCCUGACGCAAUUGCAAAUUCGAGACGGGACCAUCCUGCGUGUGGUAUCAGAUGACCAUGGCCAGAUCGAUCUGGUGUUACAACAAAAGCCCGGCAUUACGGCAGUUGAAGCCAUUGAUCCACUGGUACCCAAAAUCAUUCAGAAGGAAAAUCCCAUGAAACGAGCAUUGGAUGAAGAGGACGGUGGCAAUGAUAGCAAGAAAUCAAAGACUACUGCUCCUUCAAGUGCGAAUGCUGAGAGUAGUAAGGAUGCUGGUGCAGCGGAUGAUGUGGUGGUUGUUCCGGAAGAGGAUGAUCUCAUUAUGGUCAACUGA